AUGAAGCCAUCUCUUCUCUCUAUAAAGACAUCUAUGAAGCCAUCUCUUCUCUCUAUAAAAGAAUACUAUGAAGCCAUCUCUUCUCUCUAUAAAGACAUCUAUGAAACAACUGCUAAGCCAUCUCUUUCUCUCUAUAAAGACAUCUAUGAAGCCAUCUCUUCUCUCUAUAAAGACAACCAUGAAGCCAUCUCUUCUCUCUAUAAAUACAACUAUAAAGUCAUCUCUUCUCUCUAUAAAGACAUCUAUGAAGCCAUCUCUUCUCUCUAUAAAGACAACUAUGAAGCUAUCUCUUCUCUCUAUAAAGACAUCUAUGAAGCCAUCUCUUCUCUCUAUAAAGACAUCUAUGAAGCCAUCUCUUCUCUCUAUAAAGACAUCUAUGAAGCCAUCUCUUCUCUCUAUAAAGACAUCUAUGAAGCCAUCUCUUCUCCUCUAAAAAAGACAUCUAGCAAACCCAUCUCUUUCUCUCUAUAA